GUAUGAGAUUUGCCAGCUAGAACAAAGUUUAAGAAUUCUACUACCUUGAAUUAAGAACCGCAGACUUAUCAAUUCACAAUGGUUGUGACUGAUGGAAAAUGUUUAAAACAGAUUCCCAAGACCUUGGUUCGCCUGUGUUUAUUGAGCCUUAUUUGUUAUGAACUUACCAUGCUGAAAUGUGUUGAAGGGUGGACAUAUCACUACUCUUCUGAUAAAAUGAAUUGGCAAAAUGCAAGGAAAUGGUGCCAAGACCACUACACUGAUAUGGUUGCAAUCCAGAACCAGGAAGAAAAUGUCUAUCUCAAUGAGGUUAUUCCACAUGUCCGUGGAUAUUACUGGAUUGGGAUUAGGAAAAUAAAUGAAACCUGGACCUGGGUGGGAACCAACCAAACACUCAGUGAAGAAGCAGAGAACUGGGCUGAAAAUGAACCCAAUAAUGGUAAAAGCACUGAGGAUUGUGUAGAGAUUUAUAUAAAAAGAGACAAGGAGUCUGGAAAAUGGAAUGAUGAAACUUGUAUGAAACAGAAAACUGCAUUGUGCUAUACAGCUUCUUGCCAUGCAUCUUCAUGCAGUGGCCAUAGUGCAUGUAUAGAAACGAUUAAUAAUUACACUUGCAAGUGUCAUGAAGGAUUCUAUGGACCCAAAUGUGAAAACGUUGUGGACUGUGCCGCUAUGGAGAAACCUCAAAAAGGGUUUAUUGAUUGCUCUCAUCCUUUUGGAAUUUUUUCUUAUAACUCUGCCUGUGACUUCAGCUGUGAAGCGGGAUACAAAUUAAAUGGCUCAGACAGGGUCCAGUGCACAGCUUCCAAAGAGUGGACAUCGCAGUCUCCUGUAUGUGAAGCUAUUAAAUGUGAAAGCCUAAAGACAGUUGCCCACAGGGUUUUGAACUGCACCCAUCCCAUUGAGAGUCUCGUCUACAACUCAACCUGCCUGCUCAGCUGCGAGGAAGGGUUUGUGUUAAACACCACAGGAAGUCUUCAGUGUACAGCUUCUGGGAAGUGGAGUGCAGAAACACCAACCUGUAAAGCUGUAACAUGUAAUCCACUGACAGUGCUGAAGAAAGACUUCAUGAACUGCUCUCAUCCAUUUGAGCACUUUGGUUACAAGUCAAAAUGUUCCUUUUACUGUCCAGAAGGACAUUUGAGUGGAUCAAGUACUUUGGAGUGCAACUCUUCUGGGAAGUGGACAGCAGAAAUACCAAUAUGCAAAGAAGAUUCCAACACCUUGAAAGAUUACAGAAACAUCGGCCUGGCUGCUGCGUCAGCUUGUCUCUUAUCUGGGCUGAGUUUCAUAAUAUGGCUUAUAAGGCGACUUCGGAAAAAUAAGAAAUUUGAUAUGGAAAGGUGUGCAGAACAAUUUCAAAAUGAUCAUCUAGACUAUAGACAUCUGACAGUGGCUGUUGUUGGUGCCUCCAUUCUUGCAGCCUCUUUGAUUAUAUAUUUUUUUGUUGAGAUGUCGUAUGAAGAAAAAGAAGCAUCUUCACGCAAGUUUUUUUACCGGGCAAAUUAUCCAAGGGGGAAAUUAAACUGGCAUAUAAUACAAGCCAUUUCUUUGGUUGCCAUCAGUUAUGAAAUUUUAUCUGGAAAUGGGGGUGUGAAUGCCUGGACCUACCAUUAUAACAUUACUCCAAACAUGAACUGGGACACAGCUCGACAGUGGUGCAGGGACCACUAUACUGAUAUGGUUGCAAUUCAGAAUCAAAAUGAGAUAAAACACCUGAAUGAUGUCUUACCAAGUAACCCUAACUACUAUUGGAUUGGUAUCAGGAAGAUCAAUGGCGGGUGGACAUGGGUUGGAACUAACAUGACCUUAAAGAAAGAAGCUGAAAACUGGGCCCCUGGUGAACCAAACAAUAAAGGAAGAGCUCAGGACUGCGUGGAGAUUUACAUCAAGCGUUCUUCCCAUGCUUCAAAAUGGAACGACGAAAAGUGUACAAAACAAAAGGGAGCCCUGUGCUUUCAAGCCUCUUGCACAGCCUCCUCCUGCACUGCCUGGGGGGAAUGUAUAGAAACAAUCGGAAACUAUACGUGCCAUUGCUACCCGGGAUUCAAGGGACCACGCUGUGAAUAUGCUAUGGAAUGUGAAAAUCUACAUCCCCCAUACCACGGCACCAUGAACUGUAGCCACUUGUUUGGACCAUUUCAAUUCAACUCAUCUUGUGAUUUUGGCUGUGACCAAGGCUUUGUGAUGGCUGGAUCAGGGCUGCUGCAGUGUCAAGCUUCAGGACAGUGGACAACAGACUCACCAACAUGCCAAGCUGUAAAAUGUGAAGUGCUAAAUAUCCCCAGUCAUGGUUCAAUGGACUGUGCGCAUCCAAUUGAGAAGUUCAGUUAUAACUCAGGGUGCUGGUUUGGCUGUGAAGAAGGCUUUCUUCUCAAUGGAACAAACUCCACACAGUGUACUUCACAGGGGCGAUGGUCUGCACAGACUCCAGCCUGUCAAGCUGUAAAAUGUGAAGCGCUAAAUAUCCCCAGUCAUGGUUCAAUGGACUGUGCGCAUCCAAUUGAGAAGUUCAGUUAUAACUCAGGGUGCUGGUUUGGCUGUGAAGAAGGCUUUCUUCUCAAUGGAACAAACUCCACACAGUGUACUUCACAGGGGCGAUGGUCUGCACAGACUCCAGUCUGUCAAGCUCUAAAAUGUGAGUCAUUAAAGACUCCAAUCCGAGGAGUGAUGAACUGCUCACAUCCAUUUGGAGACUACAGAUUCAACUCGAGCUGUGAGAUAGACUGUGAAGAAGGGUUCAUAAUGAGGGGUUCAGACAGACUGCAGUGCAAUGCCUCUGGACUGUGGACAGAACCCCUGCCCACAUGCCAAGCUGUAAAAUGUGAAGUGCUAAAUAUCCCCAGUCAUGGUUCAAUGGACUGUGCGCAUCCAAUUGAGAAGUUCAGUUAUAACUCAGGGUGCUGGUUUGGCUGUGAAGAAGGCUUUCUUCUCAAUGGAACAAACUCCACACAGUGUACUUCACAGGGGCGAUGGUCUGCACAGACUCCAGCCUGUCAAGCUCUAAAAUGUGAGACGCUGAUGGCUCCAAUCCGAGGUGUGAUGAACUGCUCACAUCCAUUUGGAAACUACAGAUUCAACUCGAGCUGUGAGAUGGGCUGUGAAGAAGGGUUCAUAAUGAGGGGUUCAGACAGACUGCAGUGCAAUGCCUCUGGACUGUGGACAGAACCCCUGCCCACAUGCCAUGCUGUAAAAUGUGAAGUGCUAAAUAUCCCCAGUCAUGGUUCAAUGGACUGUGCGCAUCCAAUUGAGAAGUUCAGUUAUAACUCAGGGUGCUGGUUUGGCUGUGAAGAAGGCUUUCUUCUCAAUGGAACAAACUCCACACAGUGUACUUCACAGGGGCGAUGGUCUGCACAGACUCCAGUCUGUCAAGCUCUAAAAUGUGAGUCAUUAAAGACUCCAAUCCGAGGUGUGAUGAACUGCUCACAUCCAUUUGGAGACUACAGAUUCAACUCGAGCUGUGAGAUAGGCUGUGAAGAAGGGUUCAUAAUGAGGGGUUCAGACAGACUGCAGUGCAAUGCCUCUGGACUGUGGACAGAACCCCUGCCCACAUGCCAAGCUGUAAAAUGUGAAGCGCUAAAUAUCCCCAGUCAUGGUUCAAUGGACUGUGCGCAUCCAAUUGAGAAGUUCAGUUAUAACUCAGGGUGCUGGUUUGGCUGUGAAGAAGGCUUUCUUCUCAAUGGAACAAACUCCACACAGUGUACUUCACAGGGGCGAUGGUCUGCACAGACUCCAGCCUGUCAAGCUCUAAAAUGUGAGACGCUGAUGGCUCCAAUCCGAGGUGUGAUGAACUGCUCACAUCCAUUUGGAGACUACAGAUUCAACUCGAGCUGUGAGAUAGGCUGUGAAGAAGGGUUCAUAAUGAGGGGUUCAGACAGACUGCAGUGCAAUGCCUCUGGACUGUGGACAGAACCCUUGCCCACAUGCCAAGCUGUAAAAUGUGAAGUGCUAAAUAUCCCCAGUCAUGGUUCAAUGGACUGUGCGCAUCCAAUUGAGAAGUUCAGUUAUAACUCAGGGUGCUGGUUUGGCUGUGAAGAAGGCUUUCUUCUCAAUGGAACAAACUCCACACAGUGUACUUCACAGGGGCGAUGGUCUGCACAGACUCCAGCCUGUCAAGCUCUAAAAUGUGAGUCAUUAAAGACUCCAAUCCGAGGUGUGAUGAACUGCUCACAUCCAUUUGGAGACUACAGAUUCAACUCGAGCUGCGAGAUGGGCUGUGAAGAAGGGUUCAUAAUGAGGGGUUCCGACAGACUGCAGUGCAAUGCCUCUGGACUGUGGACAGAACCCCUGCCCACAUGCCAAGCUGUAAAAUGUGAAGCGCUAAAUAUCCCCAGUCAUGGUUCAAUGGACUGUGCGCAUCCAAUUGAGAAGUUCAGUUAUAACUCAGGGUGCUGGUUUGGCUGUGAAGAAGGCUUUCUUCUCAAUGGAACAAACUCCACACAGUGUACUUCACAGGGGCGAUGGUCUGCACAGACUCCAGUCUGUCAAGCUGUAAAAUGUGAAGCGCUAAAUAUCCCCAGUCAUGGUUCAAUGGACUGUGCGCAUCCAAUUGAGAAGUUCAGUUAUAACUCAGGGUGCUGGUUUGGCUGUGAAGAAGGCUUUCUUCUCAAUGGAACAAACUCCACACAGUGUACUUCACAGGGGCAAUGGUCUGCACAUACUCCAGCCUGUCAAGCUCUAAAAUGUGAGACGCUGAUGGCUCCAAUUCGAAGUGUGAUGAACUGCUCACAUCCAUUUGGAGAGUACAGAUUCAACUCGAGCUGCGAGAUGGGCUGUGAAGAAGGGUUCAUAAUGAGGGGUUCAGACCGAUUACAGUGCAAUGCCUCUGGACUGUGGACAGAACCCCUGCCCACAUGCCAAGUUGUAGAAUGUCCUCCAUUGCCUAUAUCAUCAGCAGUGGAAAUGAACUGCUCCCAUCCUAUUGGACAUUUUAGUUUCCUUUCCAGCUGUUACUUUAGCUGUGCGGAAGGGUCGAAGCUUAAUGGAACAAACAGACUUCACUGCACCUCUGAUGGGCAAUGGACUGGAACCGUUCCUUCUUGUGCAGCACUGGUGAUGUCUACUGGAAUGGCCAUGUUACUGUACACUGGUGUGGGCUCAGGAGCUGCAGUCUCACUGCUUCUUCUUGGUGGAAUUGUGUUUCUGAUUGUAAAACGUCUCACCAGGGAAAGUGACAAACAAAGACUUUGUCCUGAAGGGAAUAGUUCUGUUUUGGGAGAAUGUGCAAAUCCUGCAUAUGAUGGAAUCUAAGACCCCCAGGAAACACAUUGACCCAAAUUAGCCUCCCAUGCAGGUCAGAUCAUCUCAAAUUAAUUGGAGGGGGGAAGCUGCUAUAUUAAAGACCCAGCAUUUUAGGCAGCAGCAGGCCUACCCUGCCUUUCCUAGUGGGUGCUACUGUUGAGCAAGUAUUUACAACAAGUGAAAUUGAAGAAUAAGUUACAGAAGCCCCAUAUAUGAGCUUCACAAUAUAUGCAUUCUGCUUUUCUACCCAAAAAAAGUCUAGGAAUAAAGGCAUAUUCAUAUUAUGAUGUCAAAAUGAAUUUUUGCUCUCUAUGUUUUAUGUUGCAAUCAUUUUCCGUGAACAUUUAAACAUGUGAUUUUAUUUAACUGAAUCCCUUUGUUUUAUUGUUCUUGUCUACUUAUUUUCACUGCAUGUCAAUAUUAAAUUCUUUUUAAUAUGA